AUGUCGAUCCUAGGUUCAAAUAUCCCGAGCGAGGUUGGAUUGAAGUUGCUUCUUUGCCCACUUGGAUCCAACAUUGUCCUAAAAACAGCAUGCUGUUCUGUAGGUGUUAUUUUACCUGUGUACUCUACAUUUAAAGCCAUUGAAACAAAUAAUUCAACUGAUCAACAAAAAUGGCUUUUAUACUGGGCAGCAUAUGGGAGUUUUAGCAUUGCAGAAACAUUUGCAGAUAAAAUUAUCUCAUGGUUUCCACUAUACCAUCACAUGAAGUUUGCUUUUCUUGUUUGGCUUCAACUUCCCACUACCAAUGGUGCUAAACAUUUGUACAUGAGUCAUUUACGUCCUUUUCUUUUGAGGCAUCAAGCUAAUCUAGAUCAAAUUGUGGGAAUCUUGUACAAUGAAACAGGUAAAUUUGUUAGUGCUCACGAAGGGGAAUUUAGAUUCAUGAAGGCAAUUGCCCUGAAGAUUUUGAUAUCAGCAAAACAUUUUAUCAACGAUAGCAGUCAACCGGUCCCACCUCCAGAGGGAAGAAUCACAGGCUUAGGCGAACAAAUAGACAGCUCUGAUGAUGAUGAUGAUGGUUAUGUAACUGUGCCUGCAACUUAAUGCAUGAUCAAGCAACAAUGUACAUGACUCAAAAUUGUUGCUUUUGAUAUCAAGUAAAUGUUCAAACCCUUUUUUUGUUAGUUUAUGAAAUGGAUUCUGUAAAUAAUUUUUUUUUUACAAUUACUGUUGGAGUAUAUUAUUGUGUUAUAUUUCCAUGUCAGCAUUCUUUGAUUC